AUCUUUGACGGCCUGGAUGAAAGCAGACCUUCUCUGGACUUCAACCACAGGGAGCUUGUGUCUGAUGUCACACAGACGUCAUCAGUCAACGUGCUGCUGACAAACCUCAUCCGGGAUCUGCUUCCCUCGGCUCUCGUCUGGAUAACCUCCAGACCUGCGGCAGCCAAUCAGAUCCCACCUGCAUGUGUUUACAGGGUCACAGAAGUACGAGGCUUCACUGAUGCCCAGAAGGAGGAGUACUUCAGGAGGAGAUUCAGUGAUGAAGAGCUGUGCAGCAGAAUCAUCUCACACAUCAAGACGUCCAGGAGCCUCCACAUCAUGUGUCAAAUCCCAGUCUUCUGCUGGAUCAGUGCUACAGUUCUGGAGCACAUGUUGACCACAGACCAGAGAGGAGAGCUGCCCAAGACCCUGACUGACCUGUACUCACACUUCCUGCUGGUUCAGACAAAGAGGAAGAACAACAAGUACGGUGAGGGACAUGAGACGACUCCACAGCAGCUGAAGAGGGCUGACAGGGACGUUCUCCUGAAGCUGGGGAGGCUGGCGUUUAAACAUCUGGAGGAAGGAAACAUCAUGUUCUACCAAGAAGACCUGGAGCGGUGUGGUCUUAAUGUCACAGAGGCCUCAGUGUACUCAGGAGUUUGUACUGAGAUCUUCAGAAGAGAGUGUGUGAUCUUCCAGAAAUCAGUCUACUGCUUUGUUCAUCUGAGCGUUCAGGAGUUUCUGGCUGCAGUCUACAUGUUCCACUGUUACACCAAGAGGAACACAGAAGAACUCAACAACUUCUUGGGAACAUAUGGGAACACAGACAGUACCUUCUCCCUGGAUGACCUCCUGAAGAGAACCAUGGAGAAAUCCCUCACCAGUACAAAUGGUCAUCUGGACCUGUUUGUUCGCUUCCUUCACGGCCUCAGUCUGGAGUCCAACCAGAGAGUCUUAGGAGGCCUGCUGGGUCGGACAGAGAACAAUCCAGAGAUCAUCCAGAGAAUCACCAACAACCUGAAGGAGAUGAAGAGUGAAUACAUUUCUCCUGACAGAAGCAUCAACAUCUUCCACUGUCUGACUGAGAUGAACGACCACUCAGUUCAUCAGCAGAUGCAACAGUUCCUGACGUCAGAGAACAGAUCAAAGGAGGAACUCUCUGAGAUCCACUGCUCAGCUCUGGCCUACAUGCUGCAGAUGUCAGAGGAGGUUCUGGAUGAGUUGGACCUGAAGAAGUUCAACACAUCAUACCAGGGUCGAUGGAGACUGAUCCCAGCUGUGAGGAACUGCAGGAAGGCUCUGUUGAAGGACUGCAGACUGUCAGAGAUCAGCUGUUCUUCUCUGGCUUCAGCUCUGAGGUCAAACCCCUCUCAUCUGAGAGAACUGGAUCUGAGUGACAACGACCUGCAGGACUCAGGAGUGAAGGAGCUGUGUGGUUUUCUACAGAGUCCAACCUGUCGACUGGAGACUCUGUGGUUGAAGGUCUGCAGACUGUCAGAGAUCAGCUGUUCUUCUCUGGCUUCAGCUCUGAGGUCAAAUCCCUCUCAUCUGAGAGAACUGGAUCUGAGUCCAAACAACAACCUGCAGGACUCAGGAGUGAAGGAGCUGUGUGGUUUUCUACAGAGUCCAACCUGUCGACUGGAGACUCUGAGGUUGAAGGUCUGCAGUCUGUCAGAGAUCAGCUGUUCUUCUCUGGCUUCAGCUCUGAGGUCAAACCCCUCUCAUCUGAGAGAACUGGAUCUGAGCUUCACCAACCUGCAGGACUCAGGAGUGAAGGAGCUGUGUGGUUUUCUACAGAGUCCAACCUGUCGACUGGAGACUCUGAGGUUGUGGGGCUGCAGACUGUCAGAGAUCAGCUGUUCUUCUCUGGCUUCAGCUCUGAGGUCAAACCCCUCUCAUCUGAGAGAACUGGAUCUGACUAACAACAACCUGCAGGAUUCAGGAGUGAAGGAGCUGUGUGGUUUUCUACAGAGUCCAACCUGUCGACUGGAGACUCUGAGGUUGAAGAGCUGCAGACUGUCAGAGAUCAGCUGUUCUUCUCUGGCUUCAGCUCUGAGGUCAAACCCCUCUCAUCUGAGAGAACUGUCUGCUUCUAGUAAGUUGUCGCUCAUGACCAGUGAACUAGAAAUCAUGGCGUCAUUUGUGCCCUCAGCCUGCAGGCCGACAGCUCCGGGCGCCUCCCCGUGUUUCCAUGCAUGGCAGGUGUGGAAGGCCUCAAGGACGCUGCUGCAUAGAGGACCAGACUCUGAUCGCACCAGAGCCGAUGGCAGCUGCUGUCUGGCCCACAUCUGCAGUCGUCCACACACACGCCACAUCAGCUCCUGUGUUUACGUCCAGUCGUCAGCAGGUUCAUCUAAAGUGUGUGUGUUUCCUGCAUGUGUUCCUCCUGUCCGGGAGACGCCUCUGCUGGGACGGGAGGUGCUGGACGGUCGACGGGAACGCCACCGACCGCUGCUGCCCCGCCUACCAGGAGAGGCCGACAGCUGGACCGGGCCUUCCUGUCCCACUCCACAGAACCAGUGCUCCUGCAAAGAUACAAGUGUGUGCGCGAGGCGGGUGUGGGGUGUGUGUUUGGCGAGCGGGGGUGCUGCGGCCGGGCCAGACUCUGUGAGCACGGGGACGACGGCCCGUGUCACAGCCGGCAGUGCAGCCGCAGCCUCGAACCCGGCGCGAGCGGCUUCACCUUGCCCGCACCUCCAGCAUCAACUGCCCACCCACUGCCAGCCGGUGAACAUCGUGUCAUGUGACGGGAAGUGUCCGUCCGCCAGCAUCUACAACUACAACAUCAACACGCACGCCGCUUCUGCAAGUGCUGCCGGGAGGCUGCAGCGGCGCCGGGUGCAGCUCUACUGCAGCAGUGAACUGUUCAACAGGGAGGAGGAGCAUGAGAACAGGGACGUGUCAGACUCCAUCUUCACUCGGGAUGAGCAGGAAGGAAGAAAAGUGAGCAGCAGUCACCAACCUGUCAAGAGCGCUCCUACUGUCGAUCCCAGUAAAGCUCUGACCACUAAGCUGAGGAGAAACAUCGAGCUGCAGAGCCAGGGCUACGUUGCAGCACUGAAGUUCUCAGCACACGCAACCUGGGACCUGCUGCGGCUGGUGGAGGGCUAUCGGUGGCACAUCACUAUUAUGACAUACAGACUCAUAGAUCUGUUCAAGUAG